UAGACAACAACAAUAUCCGAGCCGAAAUGAGAUCAUAGUCAUACACAUUCCGUGGCGAUAACAACAACGGGUCUGAAAUUUUAGUACGUCACUGCUUGCGGCGAAAAGACAAUCACUCCGUCUAAAUGUCACGGAAAACUGGAUAUUUUUUGCAUUAUUUCUGGGCAUCGAGGUUUUUAGAUGCGCGUCAUUCAAUUUUAGAAAUAUGAAACUUGUAUAACCUAGCAAAACAUCUAUUGUUGUUGUUUGGGUGUGUCACAUGCCAUGAGGCUAUCAAUAUUUUUGGAGAACUGUACUGAAGACCAGACUGAAAGCAUAUAGUGGAGUGAAAGCUCUGGAGAGACAAACACGUUUCAAUCUAUUGUCCUGGUAUUCGUCCAGAUCCACAGCUCCCACAAUGGAUAACACAGCGCAAGAUGAUUCCAGGACCUUGGAUAGCAAAAAUGAAUCAAAUUAUGGAGAGACAAUCAAAAACGCUGGACAACAUCAGGAUAAACACUUGCCUAACAGUUCACCUCAAGGGCGUGUACGGCUGUAUUCUGAGUCUCAGGUGUAUACGGUGAGCCGCUGGCAGGACAUGGAGCCCCAGGACGGAGCAUCAGCAGAGGAGAAUGGAGGAGUUGCAGAUGGUGCUCCAUUCAGAGGUCGCUCUCAGUCUGCACCCGCUGCUCUGUGGAAAGCUAAGAAGUACGGAAGACAACUGAGAAGAAUGAGCGAUGAAUUUGACACAUGGCUCGACAAAGGGGAGGUGAAGAGGGUGAGCAGCAAUGGGAGAGGAGCUCAGAAACAGACCUACCUUGGAUGGUUCUCAUACCUCUGGAGCCCCAAAGAGGAGGAGGGAAGAGAAUAACCAAGUCUUCGACCAUACUUAACACAACAUAAAGACAAUUAUAAGAGAGAACUGCUCUUCAUAGUGAAGUAACAGUGCUGGGUGAUGGCUGGUUUGAUCACCAUCAUGGCCUUUAAGCUUAAGCAAAAAAGAUACACUUUGUCAAUCCGAGAGAGAAAAGGUGCUGUAAUAAUUUUUUACCAACGCAAUAAUGCGUCUCUGAUUAAAAGAUUUGUUCGUUUUACUUCAAUUUAACAAUCUUAAAUAGGACAAUCUCAUAAAAUGAUACAAAUUGUUGACAAUCUUUGUGUAAUGAUUAUAAAUGCCUCUAUUGAAAAAACUAUUUAUUAAUAUGUAUUAUUUAAAUUCAUAUUUGGCAAAGAAAUGUGUUGUAUGAUGUAUUUUAUAAAUUGUACAGAUAUAUAGAUGUGAAUUAUAAAGCAUUUUUUGUUUUAUUAAAGGCUGGAGCACUUGCUUGCAAAA